UUGCAUCAUUACAUCCACAUUUCAAACCACCAUGGAAACAACCUGGCAGCUCUACACUCUCCUCUCACUUAUCCUCCUAUACAUCGCAUACAUAUUCUCACCCAUUAAUGGAACUCGCCGCCGCCGCCGGCUUCCGCCGACUCCCGGCGCGCCGAUGCCUUUCAUCGGACAUUUCCGUUUCCUCAAGUUCCCUCUGCAUCGCACGCUUCACCAUCUCUCCCAGAAGCUCGGCCCGAUCUUCUCCCUCCGCUUCGGGAACCGCCUCGUCGUCGUGGUGUCGUCUCCGGCCACCGCCGAGGAAUGCUUCACCAAAAACGACGUCGUUUUAGCCAACAGGCCUCGCUUAAUCAUCGGCAAGUAUAUCGGCUACAAUUACUCCACCUUGGUGGCUUCUCCCUACGGCGAUUACUGGCGUAACCUCCGCCGCUUUGCAACGGUUGAGGUGUUCUCCACCGCCCGUCUGAACUUGUUCCAGUCGAUCAGACGAGAUGAAGUCGGCCGUCUGAUCGGAAAGCUCCGCCGGAAUUGCUCCGACGGCUUCGCUAGGGUUCAGUUGAGGGAAUCAUUGUUUGACCUGACUUUUAAUAAUAUCAUGAGAAUGAUCGCCGGGAAACGGUAUUUCGGUAGGGAUGAAGAUACUGAAGAGGCGAAGCGAUUUCGAGAGCUUAAAGAUGACAUUUUUAGGGUUUCCGGAAUAUCGAAUCCACAGGAUUUCAUUCCGGUGCUCAGAUGGUUCGAUUUUAGAGGGCUUAAGAAGAAAAUGGGUAAGCUUUUUGAACAGAUGGAUGGUUUCUUACAAGGCUUGAUCGAUGAGCACCGAGGCAAUAAAGAUGCAAAUACGAUGAUCAGUCACUUGCUGAAUUUGAGAGAAUCAGACCCUGAAUUUUACACCGACACCGUCAUCAAAGCACUUAUAGUGGUCAUGAUUCUUGCCGGGACGGACACUUCAGGAGUGACCUUAGAAUGGGCGAUGUCGGCGCUUCUCAACCACCCCGACAAGCUCGACAGGGCAAGAGCGGAGAUCGACGAGGUUGUCGGCGGCGAUCGCCUGAUCGACGAAUCGGACUUUUCGAGACUUCCGUAUCUCCACCACAUCGUUUCGGAGACUCUACGGUUGUUCCCGGCGACGCCGUUGUUGGUGCCGCACGAACCGUCGACUGACUGUAAGAUCGGCGGGUACGAUGUUCCACGUGGCACGAUCGUGCUUGUGAACGCCUGGAGCAUUCACCGGGACCCGGCGGUUUGGGAUGAACCGGAGAGGUUCCGACCGGAGCGGUUCGAGGGAGAAGCUGGACUUGCGACGCCGCCGAAGCUGAUGCCUUUCGGGAUGGGGAGGAGAUCGUGUCCCGGUAAUGGGCUGGCGCUGCGCGUGGUGACGCUGGCGCUCGGAGCUCUGAUACAGUGUUUUGAAUGGCGGCGCGUCGACGGCGAGAUGGUGGACAUGGCCGAAGGGAAAGGUGUGUCGACUCCGAAAGCUGUUCCCUUGGUGGCCAUGUGCAAGGCACGUGAGGUUGCUCUGAAAGUUGGACCACUCUCUCCUGCGGUGGAAUUAUCUUGAAUUUGAAUUUGUGUUGUUUAGUGUUUCAUGUUUUGCAAAUUCAGAAAGUAAGUGGAAUAAGUUUUACGAGAGAUACAGGAUUGGUUUGGUUUUAUUUUGAAUUUAGAAAUUUUAUUUGAUUUGUAAUUUAAAUAAUGUUAUAUUACUAUUUUACAGAAAAUAAUAAUAAUUUACAAUAUUAAUGGUUA